AUGGUUCAAGUUAUUCUUGAUCAAAAUCGAAAACAACGCGAAAAUGAGAAACAAAACAAUGAAUUUAAAGUUCUUUGUCAAACUAUUCAAAUGGAAUCAGAAACCAAAAGAAAUGAACAAACGGCAGAUAAUUUCGAAAGUAAUUCGUAUCCGACAAAUCUUCCACAGCUCAAUCCAUUUCGAAUCGUACAUUCAAAUAAUGAUCUAGAAAAUGACAAAUGUGGAGGAAAGUUUAAAUGUGAGAGGAAGUUUACAUUCAGUUCAUUUGAAUCAGAAGUAAGCAACACUAUCAAUCGAGAAGUAUUAAUUAAGUCAUCCGAUCAACUAAAGGAACAUCUACCAAAUGAGCGUGUAAUACGUGAAGUUCAUUCGGCUGUACGUUUGAAUGGAAAAAUAUUCGAGAAGUCUAAUGCAAGUGCUCUGGUAGUACUAAAUCUUCCAGAACCACCAAAAAAAGAAUCUGCUCUUCCCAAUUAUAUGGAAUAUUUAAAUGUGCUAACGCAUAACCUACGACGAGUUCUUUUGGUCCGAGAAAUGUGGACGGCAAAAAAUAUUCUGACAGGUUUUCAUCAACUUUCAUUAUUUAGAGUAAAUGCGACGUUCUUUCAUACAACAUCCUUAACUAGAUGGCAAAACUUCGAAAAUGAAAGACAUUUCGAACCUGGAGAAGAUGUUUUGAAGCGGAUGUGGUAUGCUUUGAAGUAUGAUGUAAAACGAUGGAAAAGGCGGUGGAAAGAAGCCAGAAUGGAUCCUUAUCAGAGGAAUAAUGCGAUUGCACACAUCAAACGACACACAAUGGAUCUCGAGUUGUUCCCAUUCGAAACUCAGGUAUUAAUCAUUGGAGGUGGAUUGAUAGGAUCCUCUGUUGCAUACUGGUUAAAACAAGCGUUUCGUGACGAAGACUACAAAGUUACGGUUGUAGAGAAUAACGAUAAGUUUGCGCAGUGCGCUUCAAUGUUAACAUGUGGUGGUAUCUCACAACAAUUUUCAGUCCCUGAACAUGUUACAAUGUCAGCUUUUGCCGCUGAAUAUCUUCGUCAUGCUGGCGAACAUUUGCGUAUUUUAGACAACGAUCCUCCUGAUAUAAAUUUUUUACCGAUGGGUUUCAUGUAUUUGGCUCGCACACCCGAAGAAGUGGAUCGAUUGAAGCGGAAUUGGAAAGUGCAAACACGAAAUGGUGCCCGAAUUGAUUUGCUAAACCGUAAUAAGUUAUGUGCGAAAUUCCCUUUUAUCAAUUUUGAUGAUGUAUUACUCGGCUCAUACGGUUUGGAAAAUGAAGGUACAAUCGAUUCUUGGCAACUAUUAUCAGCUAUACGGGAAAAGAAUCUUACUUUGGGUGUGCAGUAUCUUAAAGGGGAGGUGGAAGGUUUUUAUUUUGGCCAAAGAUAUGGUGCUACAGAAAUAUAUGGUAUUGCAGAUGAUGCUGAUGAAGCAGUAUGGCGUAAUAAGCAUAUCCGCGGAGCUUUUAUUCGGCCGCAAAUGACAGAUGCUUCUGCAAGGAUCGUACGAUCUAAUCAUAUUGUUGUUGCUGCUGGUGCUUGGUCUGGUCGUAUUGCCGAAAUGGCAAGAAUUGGGAAAGGACAAGAUUUAUUGGCUGUUAAGAUACCGGUUGUUGCACGGAAGCGUAUGAUGUUUGUUGUACAUGCACCUGAUGUUCCUGCCUUAGAUAUGCCGGCUCUUGUCGAUCCCAGUGGUGUUUAUUGUUUGCUGGAAGAAGUUGGUAAUACAUUUAUUUGUGGAAAAAUCCCGAAUAAGGAAGAAGAUGAAAAAAUGGACCACUCAAAUUUGGAAGUAGAUUACAACUACUUUUAUAAUGAUAUUUGGCCAACUCUAGUGAAAAGAAUUCCAGCAUUUAGAAAUUUAAAAAUUAAAAAUGCUUGGGCAGGUUAUGAAGAUGUGAAUACAUUUGACAACUCACCUGUUAUCGGAGAGCAUUUACUUUAUCAAAAUUUACAUUUCUUAUGCGGGUUUGGGAAUCGUGGAAUGCAGCAUUCCUUAGCUGUCGGACGAAGUUAUGCUGAAAAAUUGCUGGAAGGUGCAUAUGUAUCAUUAAAUUUACGAAAAUUUGAUAUGAGACGAUUGGUUAAAAUGGAAAAAUUAGAGGAAGAGUAUGGUUAA